AUGUCCUUCGCCGUUAUUACCGUUCCUACUAAACCGUUCGAUGACCAGAAGCCUGGUACUUCUGGUUUGAGAAAGCACACAAAAGUAUUCCAGGAGCCUCACUACUCUGAGAACUUCAUCCAAUCUAUAUUAUCAGCAAUGCCCGGCGGACCAAAAGAAAAGACCCUUGUUGUUGGUGGCGAUGGAAGAUAUUACAAUGAUCAUUUUCUCAACUUGAUAGCGCAAAUUGGUGCUGCCAAUGGCCUAAAAAGUUUGGUCAUUGGUCAGAACGGUCUUCUUUCAACUCCAGCUGCGUCUCAUGUAAUAAGAGCUUAUAAUGAAGCAGGAAAGACUGUGGAUGGAGGUAUCAUUUUGACUGCCUCUCAUAAUCCUGGUGGACCAGAAAAAGAUUGUGGUAUCAAGUACAAUUUAUCUAAUGGAGGUCCCGCACCUGAGUCUGUUACUGACAAAAUCUUUGAGGUUUCCAGACAGCUCACUUCCUAUAAGAUCAUUAAGGAUCUUCCUAAAUUGGAUCUUACUCAGGUCAAUAAAAAGUUUUACGGACCUUUGAGCGUGGAGAUUAUUGAUUCUACCGCAGAUUAUGUUGCUAUGUUGAAAGAAAUUUUUGACUUUGAUUUGAUUAAGCGUUUCAUAAAGAAGAGUCUUCCAGCUGGAUUCACUUUCUUGUUCGAUGGUCUAAAUGGUGUGACUGGUAUUUACGGUAAGGCAAUCUUUGUCGAUGAGCUAGGCCUACCUGUUUCUGCUAUUCAAGACUGCACCCCAUUACCUGAUUUCGGUGGCAUGCAUCCGGAUCCUAAUCUAACCUACGCACGUUCUCUUGUUGAUCGCGUUGACAAAGAACAGAUCUCUUUUGGUUGCGCUUCUGAUGGUGACGGCGACCGUAACAUGAUAUAUGGUGCCAAUGCGUUUGUUUCUCCCGGUGAUUCCGUUGCUAUCAUCGCCGAGUAUGCGGCUGAUUGCAUUCCUUACUUUAAAAAGACCGGAGUUCGCGGUUUGGCAAGAUCCAUGCCAACAUGUGGUGCCAUUGACCUUGUUGCUAAGGAUAAAGGUUUGAACUUGUAUGAGGUGCCAACUGGUUGGAAGUUUUUCUGCGCCUUAUUCGAUGCCAAAAAACUAUCUAUUUGCGGUGAAGAAUCCUUCGGUACUGGUUCAGAUCAUAUCAGAGAGAAGGAUGGCUUAUGGGCUAUCAUGGCAUGGUGGAACAUUUUGGCCUAUUUGGCUGAAAAGAACCCUGAAGAUGACCCUACUCUCGCCAAUGUUCAGCAUUCUUUCUGGAAAAAGUAUGGAAGAACUUUCUUCACCCGUUAUGAUUUUGAAGGAUGUACUAAGAAGGCCGGUGACAGUGUUAUGACUCUCUUAAAAUCAAAGAUUGAUAAUCCUGUUUUCAUUGGUUCUAGAAUAGGUGAGGCUAAGGUAGUUGAAGCUACCAGUUUUUCGUACACUGAUUUAGACGGAUCUGUGUCCAGUAAUCAAGGUUUGAUUGUUAAAUUGGAUUUUGGUGUCAGAUUCGUUGUCAGAUUAUCUGGUACGGGAUCUGCAGGUGCAACAAUCAGAUUGUACUUGGAGAAACAUGCCUCCGACAAGUCCGAUGUCACUUUAAGCAAGGACGCUGGCAGCUUCCUUGGUGCAGAUAUUAAGGCUGUUAUCGAGUUCUUGCAGCUCAAGAAGUUCAUUGGAACCGAAACUCCAACUGUGAUUACUUGA